CACCCUCGCGUGUCUCUCUCUCUCUCUGACUCACACCUUUUUUUCUUUUGUCACAGUCAGCGUGCGUCACUCUGAAAUUCAUUCCCAAUUCCCAAUUUCUCAACGCAACACACACUUCUCUCUCAACAUUCUCAAACGUCAUGGAGGAUCUUCCCCAAGGUUACCGUCCCAACGUUGGUGUCUGUCUCAUCAAUUCUGACGAUCAGAUUUUUGUGGCUUCUAGGAUGAAUGUCCCAGGAGCAUGGCAAAUGCCUCAGGGGGGAAUUGAAGAUGGUGAAGAGCCCAAAUCUGCUGCCAUUAGGGAACUUCGAGAAGAAACUGGCAUAGUAUCUGUUGAGAUAAUUGCUGAGGUUCAGAAAUGGUUGACAUAUGACUUCCCUCCUGCUGUUAAGGCUAAAGUCAGUCGUGUAUGGGGAGGUGAAUGGCAUGGACAGGCACAAAAGUGGUUUCUUAUGAGAUUAACAAAAGAUGACAGUGAGAUCAAUUUAGCAACUGGUGAAGCAGACCCAGAAUUUGCAGAGUGGAAAUGGGCAGACCCUGAUGAAGUUAUUGAGCAGGCGGUUGACUACAAGAGACCAACCUAUGAAGAAGUUAUAAGAACCUUCAAGCCUUACUUUCAAGGGAAUGCUAUAUCUGCCAAAUGUAAAUCUACUAAGUGGUGAAUGUUAUGAGUGUGCAUUGUAGUUCAAUCCAUUUUCUUAUCUAAUUUCACUUCCUGAGUUUAGAUAGCACUCAGCUAUUUGUAAAUGGAUGAUAGUUAGAACUACCCAUUAGGUACUUGCCGCCUUGUAAUAAUAAGCUAUGUGCAAAUGCCUAAUUUCUGUUCUAAACCUUGCUGCGAGAAUGAUUGUGAAUGUGUAUAGAACUUUUCAGUUAGGAUCUCGUGGCAGAACGGUGAUAAUGACUUCGUGCCAAAUA